UUCCACUUUCAUGUUCACAAAAUAGUGAAGAGGCUGAAAAAUUGGUGCACAACGAAAACAAGUGAGCAUGAACUUGAAGAAGUUGGAGAAGUUUUUGUGGUGCAUGACACUGGUCUCCCUGUUGACCGUUGGCGCCGUGAGAGCUGAAGAAGACGAAGAAGAUGAGAAUUCGUCAGAGAAGAAAGCCGAGGAGAAAACAGAGGAAUCGGAUGUCCUUGUUCUGACCAAAGAAAACUUUGAUGAGACAGUCAAUUCCCAUGACAACAUCAUGGUGGAAUUCUACGCUCCAUGGUGUGGACACUGUAAAACAUUGGAACCGGUGUAUGCUAAGGCUGCCAAGGUUCUGAAAACAUGGGACCCCCCUGUUCCUUUCGCAAAAGUGGAUGCCACAAUAGAAACCGAACUUGCCUCUAGAUUUGAUGUCAGUGGAUACCCGUCUUUGAAGUUCUUUAAGAAAGCUGUUCCCUAUGACUUUGAUGAUGCAAGGACUAUGGAAGGUCUGAUCCGUUUCGUCAAGGACAGGGCUGACCCAGACUGGAAACCACCACCAGAUGCAGUGGAGACCCUGACCAAAGACACGUUCAAGGAUUUCAUCAGUAAGAAUGAGCUGAGUUUGGUGGAAUUUUACGCUCCUUGGUGUGGCCACUGUAAAGCUCUGGCCCCAGCCUAUGAGAAGGCGGCCAAACAACUGAAAAUUCAGUCCGAGCCUAUCCCACUGGCGAAAGUGGACGCCACAGUGGAAACUGAGCUGGCCUCAGAAUACGAGGUUUCGGGAUAUCCCACGCUGUUCCUGUUUAGGAAGGGCAAGAAGUAUGAAUACAAUGGACCACGGGAUGAAAACGGUAUUGUGAACUACUUGAUAAGACAGAAUGGUGAAGCAUCCAAGCUCAAGUUGAGCGUGAAGGACGUCAAGUCUUCCAUGAAGAAGGAUGAGGUGUACGUGAUGGGUUUCUUUGACAACCUGAACGAUCCCAAACUACGGAUGUAUAUGGAUGCAGCCAAUGAAAUGAGGGAGGAGUUUUCCUUUGGCCAUACUCUGGACCCAACAAUCAGCAAUGUGUACAAGACAAAUUCACGAACGGUUUUGGUUUACACCCCAGAGAGAUUCUAUACCAAAUACGAACCCAAGUGGCACGUCAUGAAACUGGAUGAUGUUGAAGAUGAAGGCGACAUUGUAGAGUUUGUUCGUAAGAGAGAAAUUCCUUUAGUCGGUCAGUACCGGGCAGACAACAUCAAACUCUAUCAGAAAUACCGACCCCUCUGUUUUGUUUUCUACACAGUGGACUGGAGCUUUGACCAUAGGGAUGCUACCCAGCUGUGGAGAAACAAGGUCGCUAAAAUAGCCAAUAACCACAAAGAGGUGAAAUUCGCGAUAGCGGACGAAGAUGAACACAGCCAUUUGCUGUCCGAGUUUGGAUUAGAUGAGUCUGGAGAGGAAGUCAACAUUGGGUGUUACGGUCCUGAUGGGAAGAAAUAUCCGAUGGAGCCAAUGGAGGAGUGGGAAGAUGAAGAUGUGGAGGAAUUCGUCAGCAAAAUGAAGAAAGGUAAACUAAAGCCCCAUCUGAAGUCACAACCAGUUCCAAAACGUCAAGAUGGACCGGUGAAAACUGUGGUGGCCAAAUCCUUUGACAAAAUUGUUUUGGAUAAGUCCAAGGACGUGUUGCUGGAGCUGUACGCUCCUUGGUGUGGUCACUGUAAACAGUUAGAGCCUAUUUACAAAGAACUUGCAACCAAGGUCAAGAAGGAGAAGAAUCUUGUCAUAGCCAAGAUGGACGCCACUGCUAAUGAUGUUCCAGAAUCGUUUAAAGCAGAGGGAUUUCCCACAAUUUAUUUUGCACCUUCCAAUAAUAAAGAGUCUCCUCUGAAGUAUGGAGGGGGAAGGACGGUGGAUGAAUUUAUGAAAUAUCUCAAAGAACAGGCCACUGUGGCAUUUAAAGGGAAGGAUGAGUUAUAACACAGAACAGGGGCUAGAAAAGAACGGAAUCGUUCCACAGCUAUAGGCAUGUUUAAUUGUCCAAUAGUCCAAGCACAGGUUUAAUAAAUUAAAGUUUAAAAAAAAAUGUGCACAUAUUUCAAAUCUGUGCAUUAUGUUACAUUAUCAUGUAAAUUUAUCAGGUUGUUAUGUUUUUGUUGUUUUUUGAUAUAUUUAGAAUAGGAAAUACAGUGAAACCUGUCUAAUCCGACAUACAUUAGAGACAUUAAGUACAGUGAAACCUGUCUAAUCUGACACACACUGGGAGACAUUAAGUACAGUGAAACCUGACUAAUGCGAGAUGCACUGGAAGAAAAUUUUUUUUGUCUGAAUUCACGUUGUGUCGGAAUAAAAGUGUAUAAACAAUAGAAAUAUGAUAUUGACAAUGAAAAUAAGGGUGGGGAUGCUCAGUGAUAUGGAUUGCACAGGUUUCAGGUUAGGCAGGUUUCAGGUUAGGCAGUUUUCACUUUAUUAAUGACUCAAAAAAGCAGGGAUUCAUUGUUUAAUUUUGAUUUCCUUUGAAAGUUAAAUCAAGAAUCUAGAAAUUUAACCUCUUUUAAAGAAAAAUUUAUAAAUUUUCUUUUUGAUCAUCACUACUUAGGAGCUGUUUUGAAAAUGGUCAUGUUUAGUGAUCAGCUUUAUAUUCCAAGUUGUACCAUUUGUUGAAUGUAGAGGAAAAGCACAAAGAUAUAUCUUGGUGAGAUUUGUUUCCAUGAUUUAUAUUUGAUUGAAAAUGUAAAUGAGUAGAGGCAGAUUUAUGCUUGAAUUUUGCACUGAACCAAAAUGUUCAGAUUGAUUAUAUUUUUGACAUAUGCUCUAAUACAUAAGCAGAUCUGUGUUCUCACAUUCUUCUCAAAUAUAUUUUUAUACUGUUUACAAAAGAAAGAAAAUGUCUUCUUUUGAAAGCAAGUGUGUGUGAAGUUUGUUGGAAAAUGUUAAGAUUUUUUUUUGUAAAACUCAAAAAUACUUUAAGGUAAAAAAAAAAAUGAACUUGCUUAAAUGUAUUUAUAUAUAGAAGUGUUUAUAGAGGACUUGAUGAAGGAGACUUGUGCUUCCACAUGUUACAUUCUUACAUAUGAUAAUUUGUUCCAUUAUGCAGUGUAUGUGUACAGAUGAUUGUUUUUUGAAGCAUAUUAUUUUUAUGAGAAUAAGUAGAGGAGGGAGGGUGCAAACUUCUUACUUUGUGCAGUUUUACAAAAAUAUGGACCAAAGUUUCUGUUAUGUUUAGUGCUCUCAUUUAUACCAUUUUUUUUUUCAAUUAGGUGCUUAAGACCAUCUUAUAUAAAUUAUAUGUUUUACAUCACUUGUAUUUAGCAAAAUUGCUGUUUAAAAUACAAAGCUUUUAAAGAAGAAUGGGAGGAGUGGAACUCCUUGCCAAUUUAAUUUCCACGAUUGUUUAAGCUAGUACAUACAGUUGUGUAUGUAUUAAAUGUUGACUUAUUUUGUUCAAGUUUAAUUACAGUUCAAAGUGACUUAAAAAUAAUUAUGUUUGUUUAUUACUUCCUUCCUUUCUCAUAGUGUGUGAACAAAAUUACAAUCACCUGACGUAAAACGUACAAUUUUUAGUGAUGGCCUUAAUGCAUUUUGGGGUGAUAAUAUUACAAGAAUAUAACAUUUUGAUACAUGUAUAUGAUUUCAUGUUAUAUAACAGUUAUUCUACAUGUCGUUUAAGGCAUUGUUUUGCCUUGGAUAAUUGUGUAAUGGGAAUGUGUGUGUGUGUGGCCCUGAAAUCAUUUGACUGUUAUAAAGUUAGCAUUUAACUUACAUUUCGUACAGAACUUAACUAUGACUACAUUAGUUACACUUUCAUAAUGGUGUUGUUCAUAUGUUUUCUGUACCUCUCUACCAUGACUUGAAAAUAUGUACAACAUUGCAAGGAUAAAACUGAACGGGAAAUAAAUGGAUGCUUAAAAUUA